CCCCACUGUACCAGGAUCACAUCUUAUCGGGAUUCCUAAGCCCCAUGUCUAAGCUCGAUCUUGUCUCACCUCAGAUACUCAUCGAAGAAAAGCCCGUGGAAACUAUUCAAGAGCUACCCGGCGCGUCCAAGUUUAACGAUAUUAUACCUUGAGCUAUCAUAGAGGAACGCAUACUAUGUUGCGGGCCAAUAUGCAAGCGGCUAUUAGUAUUCGAGACUUCAGACGAUAGGGGACGAUUACAUCACUGGACAGACUAACCGGAUAGGGACAACUAUCAGGUACUUUGCGCGGUUCCCGCCCUGCAAACUCAACGACGUCCACGCUUUGUUCCUUUGUUCACUUGUUCUCUUGGGUACACCGCUUGUUUUUGUAGCUCUGGCUGGUUGGAAUAUCCACUUGAUACGUUGCAGGCAGUAUCUGCAAAAAAAUUCCUGGGAAGCAGUCGUCUUACUGAUCUUUUCAACCCCACCUGUGCCCCUCCUGCGAAUGCGGCAUUAACCAUGGGGAAACCGCGGAUGAUCAUUUUGAUCCGCCAUGCCCAGUCAGAAGGCAACAAGAAUCGCGAAAUCCACCAGACCAUUCCCGAUCAUCGGGUAAAACUCACUGCGGAAGGGCAUCGACAAGCCCAUGAGGCCGGCUCCACACUGCGCGCCCUCUUGCGACCCGAUGACACGAUCCAUUUCUUCACAUCACCAUAUCGCAGAACCAGAGAAACUACGGAAGGAAUCCUUCAGUCGCUAACCUCUGAUUCUCCGUCUCCGUCGCCUUUCCCCAGACACACCAUCAAGGUAUACGAAGAACCUCGUCUGCGCGAGCAGGAUUUCGGUAACUUCCAGCCAUGCUCUGCUGAAAUGGAGCGCAUGUGGCUGGAGAGGGCGGAUUAUGGACACUUCUUCUACCGGAUCCCGAACGGCGAGUCGGCUGCUGAUGCCUAUGACCGGAUAAGCGGUUUCAACGAGUCGCUGUGGCGACUUUUCGGAGAAAACGAUUUUGCCAGUGUCUGUGUUUUGGUCACCCAUGGUCUGAUGACCAGAGUCUUUCUCAUGAAAUGGUACCACUGGAGCGUCGAGUACUUUGAAGACCUACGGAACAUCAACCACUGCGAAUUCGUAAUCAUGAAACUCAAUGAAGAUAAUGGGAAGUAUGUGCUGCAGAACCAGCUCCGCACAUGGUCAGAGUUGAGGAAGGAGAAGGAGCUGGAGAGACAGCGAGAUCGGGUUGUGAAUGCAGUCCCUCCAGCGGUGCCACCAUCUGAAUCACUCGUGCCCAUCCGGCGUAAAUGGGGCGGUUGUCCGGACGGGUGUAACCAUGGCAUUCGCAAGAAGGGCUCGACACGGUCCAACCGAACGACUGGAAUGGACCUUGCCCGGAAUACCCUUGAUGCACAGCACAGAAAGGCCCACGACUCCAUUCAUACUCAUAACCAGCCAGCACAAGAAAGCAACAAAAGUAAAGGGCCCUCAAAGGAUGUGAAAGCGCAGGUUGAGGGGCAAUUUAUAACAGCGCCUGAACCAGCGCUUGGAGACAGGUCCAAAGAAGCAAGAUUCUUCACCAAUAUUAUUCCUGCUCCUGCUCCACAAUACGGAGAUCUCCCUAAUCCCCAGCCCACUCGAUCCGACUUUCCGCCAAACGAACCCAACAGCAACGAUCAAGAGAGCAACUCCAACAACGCAACCACCAGGGCAAGCCCCAUCCCCAAGCGUCCAGACCUAUCCAGGCUUCACCGCGACAGCGAGGACCACCUCCUGCACCCCCCGCGAUCAAACUAUGCCCUCCUCCACCUCAGUGGCCGCGACGGAGGCGGCACAUUAAGCGGAGCCAACAGUGUCGCACCAUCGGAAGACGAGCGCGAGGACAAGCCCCCUAAACCCACCACCCACCAACCAAAGCCCUCCCACGACCUAGGCAACGACGGCGAUGACGAGGGCAGCGGUACACAGGCACAACGUCUCCGGCGCUCACGCUCUCACCACACCAGCCACCGUCACAACCAUCCCCCCACCCCAGGCAGACGACACCUAUCUAAGAAACCCCCCAACGGCUACCCAGACAAAGACCGAAACCUAGACAGCGACCACCCAGACUCCUCAAUCGACCACGAAGAAGACCCAGACCCAGAAUACCACGAACCCAACGACGACCUCGAAGCCGCAAGACGAGAAGACCAAAGUGUCAGAGGAAGCGUCUACUAAGCAAUGCUUUUCUUGGAACCAAACAUAGACCAACAACCUACCACCCUACCUCUCAUGCAUCACGAAUUAAACCCUGACGAUGGAAACCUAUCUUAUCUAAUUCAUUGUAACGAGCAGCGACCUGUACGCCUCUUUUCCGUUCGUUUCAAAAAGAUCAUCGAUACCCGACGUUUUUUCCCUCAUACACCUUCUUGCCUCUCUUCAUGAUACAUACAUACUACUACAUUACAUACAUAGUUUGAAUUGCUUCGUACAUUAAUUGAAAUAUUGCAUAAGUACGUUUGAGUUUGAGAUAAAGUAUACUAGAAUUCAUCCUGGUUGAUGGCACUCAAACUGAAACAUUUCCACCAAUUGAUCUAUCUGCCGUGUUGAGUUCAGCAAAGUCUUAACGAAUCAUAAUUAUAUCAUGUCUACCUCGCAAUUCAGGAUUACAUAUUUACAGGAAUAAAACUGAGACCUAUUAUUUU